AUGGAGAUUGAAAAUCUGGUGGAUUUGCAGACAGAUUUAUCUUCCAAAAGUAUGGAGCUUUGUUUGUCUCUUCAAGAAGGUGUAACUAGAACAGAAGAAGCAGAACUCAUGAAACGAGAACAGAAAGAAGCAGAACUCAUGAAAACUAAUAAACAAAUGGAUAAAAUGAAAGAGAAAUAUGCGAUUGAACCAGAGCUUGUUGAAGUUCAAGAAAAGUGGGAAGUACUGUCCAGUAAAAUUCAGAGUCUUGUUGAAAACCAUGAAGUUGAUGUAAAACGCACUACCAUAGAGCAGUUGAGAGCAUCACCUGUAUUGCUUCCAAAUUCUGAACCAGGGUCUCCAAGAACCGGAGAUAUUGGCACAAAAAUAAGGCAGACUCGCUUACGUAUAGAGGAUCUAGAAAAAUCAGCUUUGAAUGAAACUGCUAUGCAAAAUUUUGACUCAGUUGCUCAUUUAGAAGAUCUUUUGAAAGCAUUUAAGGAAAAAGCUCUGGAUACUGAAGACCAUGUGAAACAGCUCAUUAGUGAUUGGGAUGUCCUAGAGAGAAAAACUGAUCAUCCAGACCAGAAUUUUACAAAACUGCAGCACCAAAUGCAGUCUUUGAGAGAAAAAUGGAGUCAUACACAGAAACUUUCUGAAGAUUAUCACAGAAAAUUAAAUAAAAAAAUUUUAAACUUUUCUCAAAUCGAAGAGAGGAGGAACAACCUUUAUGAAUGUUCAUUGUGCCUUAUGUCCAAGUUAAAUGAUGCAGAAAAAAUUUCACCCAGCGAACAAAAAGUUCUAGAAAGUGAAGCUAAGAAACUUCAAAAAGAAGUUGAAGACUUGCAACAAGAUGCAGCUGAAUAUGGUGUUUCAAAAAUGCAUCUCCAAAAACUGUUAAAAGAUACAACUACACUUCUGGCAGGAAUCAGCAUGCGUAUUGAUGAAAUUGAAGCAUCCAGGGAAAAAUCUGUGAAAACUGUUCGAACACAAACUGAUAAACAAAAUGUAAUUCUCCUACAAACUUCAAAUACAGCAAUUAUUCCUGACUUUAUCGCAAAAGUGAACAAAGUUCGGGAAGCUAUUGCUGCAGUAAAUCGGCAACUAACACAGCCAGAACUUUCUGGUAAAGAUUUUGAAGAUUUUGGAAGGCAAGAAGGUUCAUUAAAGGCUAUUAAGGAUGGGAUAAAUGCCUUAAAGCCAAAUGUAGAGCUUGUUUUAGCAGAGAAGGAAAAUGUCGUGAAAAAAGCUUCCAAAUCUGAUGCUGUACAGAUUGAGCGAGUUGCAGAAAAACUUGGUGAAGAAUGGAAUAAACUGAAUGCAGCUCAUGAUGAAAGACAUGAGCGAUGGUUAAAAGCACAUGAUGUGUGGCAAGGCUUUGAAAGUGACCUUCGUAGUAUGACAUCAUGGCUUGUGAGUUCAGAUACAAUUUUAGCUCAUAGUCGUCUACCAAAUGGGGAUUUAGAUUAUGAGAGAGCAAAAAUGCAUCAAGAGAUGCUGCAAAAACAAGUGAGUGAAAAAAUGGCUAUGAUGGAACGUUUAAAUGUGAUAGGACAUAAAGUACUAGAACAGUGUUCUGCACCUGAUGCAAUUCUGUUACAAGAACAACUUGAUUCUUUAAAUAAGCGCUGGAAAUCUCUAGUUGCCGAACUGGCAGCACGAAAAGCAAAACUGGAAGAAGAUAAAACUACUUUAGCUGUUGUGAAAGAUGAAAUAGAAGAUCUUUCAUUGUGGUUGAAAGAAACAGAAAUGUUACUAUGUGGAACACCACGUACAACAGACUUGUCUGCUGCUAAAAUAUUGCUUGGAAAAUUAAAAGAUAUUGAACAAGAUAUACCAUAUCGAAGAAGUAGCUUACUGACAAUAAUGCUGGCUGGAACUUUAGUUAACACAGAGGAAGUUGAAACAUUAGAGCAGCGAUAUUCUAAGGUAACUAGUCUUAUACCUGAACGAAGGAAGCAUUUGGAAUGUUAUGUACGAAACUUUUCAGAAUUUGAGGAGCAGUCAUUAAUUGAAAAGGAUUGGUUACUAGAGACUAGAAAGAAAUUGGAAGAUCGACUUGCACUAUACAGUGCAGGAAGAACUGUUGAUGAGAAAAAUAUUGUGGCUCAAGAUAAACUAAGAGAACACCAUGCUGCUGUUUCAAAAUUGGUGCGUCAGCAAUAUGAAUUGGAAUCUGCAGCUCAGAAAGCUUCUUUGAUUCUGCCUCCAUCUGUAAAGAAAAAUGCAAAUGGUUUGCUUUCAGAAUGGUCUGCUUUGACACAAAUUCUUAAGAAAUUAAGUCCCUAUGAAAGGUGCCCAUCGCCACUGCCUUUAGAGACCUUGGCAUCAGUUCCUACAAAUGCAGCUAUAGUUGAAGAGAUCUACCAGGCUGAGUUUGGUGGAAUUGUGCAAGGGCCAAUGGGUUGGCAUAAAAUUGUGAUCAAGGGGAAACUAAAAGUGGGCGGGGUUAAAUAUGAAGGUGGUGGAUUGGGGGGCAAACUGAAUAUAGAGCAAUCUCCUUAUACAGGCAGGGGGGGUUUUAGUGACAGGAAUAAUUUUGGCCCUACUACCAAAAGGGCAGACACAAUUGGUGAAUGCAAAUGGUUUAUCAUUAAGAAUCAUUUCAGGUUCAGGUGGCGAGGAUGGGCUGAGCAAAAGUGUAAUUUUUGGAUGUUUAAAGGUAGAAGUAGGUGA